AUGGCAGACUUUAACACUGAUUUUCCGCCAAUCGAAGAUUAUUCCACAUCCUCAAAUACGCUUCUGGAUUCUGAUCCCACCGCAAAUUUUCUGGCAAGGGAACAAGCUGUUCUUGGAGACGAUGCUGCAAUAUUUAAUGCUAACAAUUCAGUUUCCACUUCGAACGAGCUUGAUGCUUUUCCAGAUCUUUCCUCACCAUCAACGAACAGUAACGUUUUCAGUCAAACAAUUAGUACUGUACCUGGUGUCGGAUCUGCUUCCAGUGCCUUACCCGAUUAUUCUGCUUUUCAUUCCGAGUUUCCACAAGUAGAAAUUAACAAUACUCAGGCUUUAUAUACUGGUACCAACGGAUUGGUUUCAACGGAGAGCUAUCAAUCUUAUGAAGAAGAGCCUGAAAUUAUUCGGCAAUGGAAGGAACGACAGAGAGAGAUUAUUGCAAAGCGUGAUGAAGAGUCUGAGGUGAAAAGACGGGAAACGAUCGCUAUUGCACGGGACGCAAUUGACAGGUUUUAUGAGGAAUAUAACGAAAAGAAGGCACGAGCACAUGCACUUAACAAACAAGAAGAGGAAGCGUUCCUGCGUGAGCGAGACGAUCUCACUUCGGGUACGACUUGGGAACGUAUUUGCAAGCAAGUUGAUAUUUCAAAUGUCCAGAGCAAAACGUCUACUAAACACGUUAAGGAUGUUGGCCGUUUCAAAGAGUUACUUCUCGGUUUGAAAAAGGAUUCACAUUCUGAUCAGACGAAAUUAAUAAUCUAA